UCUUUCUAGGAAGUAAAAUGUGGGAAGGAAACAUUUUUUUUUCAAGAGUGUAGAAUAUAAACUUUGACUCACUUAUUUUUAUACUUUUAUAAAAUAAUCUCAUUUGGAUAUCUGCAUUCAUAAGACUAGGGCUAUCAUUCCUACGUUUCUGAGUCAUCAGUCAACGGGAUGGAGAUUGUUCAUGAAUAUGUGAAGCUCCGGAGUGACUUUGGGCGCCAGUGUCUCUUUUCGGACCGUCAUGUGGAGCUGCUUGUCGAUCUUGCUCCAAACCCAAAACUGGCGAUGCAGUUUGUUCUGAAGGAGACAAGAGACCUGGGAGUGCAGGGCUGCUGGGAAAUGUCGGAGCAUGAGGUGAACACCAAAAGCUUUGAGUAUGAAAACCAGGGGAUAAAUCAUGUGGAAGGGGGGUGGCCAAAAGACAUCAACCCACUCGAGAUGGAACAAACUAUUCGCUUUAGGAAGAAGGUGGAGAAAGAUGAAGGCUACAUGAAUAGUAUCCAGGUGCUAGGCACGCUUAUAGGGCAAUGUGUUGGACAGAAUAACGCUGUGGACAUUUACCAAGAGUACUUUAAAGACGAAGAAUUGCUGGAUGAAAUUCAGGAAGCACCUUCUGUGAAGAUCGUUAAUGUAUUCAGAGACCCGAACAAGGAAAAAAGAAAUAUCACGAGUCUUUCUUGGCAACCUGGGGGAGGCAGGAAUCUGGCAGCUGCCUAUUCGUGCCUUGAGUUGCAAAAACCCACAGGGAAUAUGAGCAAAGAUUCAUACAUCUGGGACCUUGAGAACCCCAACCAUCCUAAGGAUGUUCUCACCCCGACAUCUCAACUCAUCUGUCUGGAUUACAACCCCCAGGAUUUGCACACGCUUGUCAGUGGGUGUGUCAAUGGGCAGAUUGUGUUAUGGGAUGCCCGUGAUACCCAAGAGCCUGUGGCCGUUUCCUUGUUAGAACAGAGUCACGCAGAACCCGUUUACAAGAUGAUUUGGUUGCAGUCGUCGACUGGGACAGAAGCCUUCUCUGCAUCCACCGAUGGACAGAUUUUAUGGUGGGAUGUCCGCGAAUUGAAGGAGCCCACAGCGCGGCUGGUUCUGGACCUGAGUAGAAAAGAAAACCGAAACACUGCUUUAGGAGCAGUCUCUCUGGAAUAUAACCCUACCAUGCCCGACACUUUUUUGGUGGGGACUGAACAGGGGGCUGUUGUUUACUGCAACAGGGCUGGUGAGACUCCAACUGAGAAGAUUGUCUGUACGUACGAUGGCCACCACGGACCUGUCUAUGCCAUCCAAAGGAACCCUUUCUUUCCUCAAAACUUCCUGACAGUAGGAGACUGGGGGGCCCGCAUUUGGUCAGAAGACAUUAAGGAGUCAUCUAUCAUGUGGACAAAGCACCAGAUGGCUUAUUUAACAGAUGGGUGCUGGAGUCCUGUCAGACCCUCAAUCUUCUUCACUGUGAAUAUGGAUGGUAUGCUGGACAUCUGGGACAUCUUGUUUAAGCAGAUUGACCCCACUCUAAGCGUGAAGGUGCAUGAUGAAGCUCUGUGUAGCCUUCAGGUGCAUAGAGAUGGAUGCAUGGUAGCUUGCGGCUCUCAGCAGGGUGCUGCUACACUAAUAGAAAUCUCUUCAGGACUGUGCACUCAACAGAAUAAUGAGCAGAAUCUUCUGGGUGAGAUGUUGGAACGCGAGACAAAACGGGAAAAGAUUCUCAGGGCUUCUCAGACCGGGGAAGAAGAAGAUAGGAACAGUAAGGAAAGUCCAAGGGAGCUGCUACUCAGGUCAGACUAUGACUUCCACAACUUGAUGGAGUCAGAGCAGAGGAGGAAGCAAUGGGAGUCGAGACAGCGGCAUUACCCAUAGAUGGAAGAAGCAGACAGCAGAUGACAACAACAGUCCAAGUAGAAGAAGUAGUAGAACUUCAGCAUGAUGUUUGGCAAGAUGGUCGCAUUUUCUCAAGUUGACCAUGUGUUGAAAAAAAUGUUAUUUUCCUUCAACCAAUUUGUCAUUAUAGAUAUCGGAGGUACCUAACAGAAAAAAAAAUCACAUCAAGUAAUGUUCCUUUGCAAGAAAUAUAGACUCGGUAUAUGACACCUCUUCAAAGGUAGUGAUUGGCAAGAUCCAAGUGAAAUCAAAUCACUACACAACUGAAACUGAAUAGGAUCUGACACAAGAUAGCUGACACAUCUGGGUUCACCUAAUCAGUACAUAUUUCUUAUCUUAAAAUCAGUACUGCUUUUUCAGUAGGUACACUCUGUCCAGUGAGAGAAGCCCAAAACAUUGAACACUUGGGUAUGCUUGCAAAUGCUUUCAACAUUGAUCUACAUGUUUCAAAUAAUUUUUCUCAGUGCUCUGUAGAGAUUUUUAACAGAAAUUUUUGUAGGAAUACUUUUUAAUAAUGAGAUUUUGAGUGUGUGCCCUAACCCUAAACAGCAAUAUUGAAACAACAAGAGUGUCUUGACUCAACAACAGUUUGACAAAUUAGACACUAAGUGUAGUUGCUAUGCUGUAGCGUGGCUGAGAGCAGAAGUGACGCCGAUGUAGAAAAGGAAAACACAAGGGAAGGGAAAAACCUAACUACCGCUCUAACCCUCACAGUCAGAAUCUCUGCAGGAAGGAAGAGCUCAAGGUUGUCUGCAAAGCUAUUACACAAAGUACUAUCCUUUUUUUUUCCUGACAGAAUUUGUUGGGACUGAAAAUGUGUGUCAUCAUUUCUAGCUCCAGUGGGAACACCAAGCUCUGUAUAACACUUGCGAUUUCUGAAUUUUUCUCCCUCAAAGUAGAACAGUAUUAGUUGUACGCUAGUUUGUCCCUCUUAUACGAACAUCAUUAGUUAUGUUGCAUAGUGAAAGUACGAAAAGUAGUUAUCUGUCAACCUUCCCAAAAAAAAAAAAAAAAAGAAAAAAAAAAAUCGCUACAAAAAAAACUUUCAUUGCUUGGAUAGGAGGGCAGAACAGAAACUUUUGUGCCACUUAUCCUCACUGGGGUCAUGAGCAUGAUGGAGCUAUCCCAGUUUUCAGGCGAGAGGAAGGGUACACCCUGAACUGGUCGCUAGGCAAUCACAGACUUGCAACCUGUAGACUUGGAUAAAUAGCAGCUCAAUUUUAGAAUUUUGAAAUAAAAUUCUGUAGCAAAGCAUCUCAUCAGGAAUGUCUGUUGUACCUCACAGUAUGUCAUAAAUGUCAUCCUUUCAGGUUAUAACUUUUGUCCAAUGACUAAAAUAUCAGUGUGAAUGCUAAGGGAACUGGAAUUAAUGCGCUUAGUGGGUUUGUUGGCCGCAUCAUUGGGUGGGCAGCAAACAUUACACAGUUGCCUCACAAUUUACAGGACUUGACCAGAUGGCCAAUGUUAAUCACACAACCUGCGGUUUGUAAGAAGUAUUGCAAUGCAUGCUGGGAAAUACCAGGAUUCACCAUUGCCACAAUAGCGCUGUAGCAUAUUUCGACAUUUCCUGAAAACCAACAUCCUGCAUCUUAUUUUUUUUUUUGCUUGUAUAGAUAGGUUUCCAAUGAUGUCACCACAGACCCAGGAUUCCCUUAGACCAAUCAGAUAAAUUAACGAUAGAAAAAAAAAAUCUCCCGCUUCACCCAUCACCUGUGUUCUCUGACUUUUAUGACACACAAGAUGCCGUAAUUGGAAACCUAUACAUUAGAAUUUUUGAAAAUGUAAUUUUGCUUUAAUGCUCCUUUUGUGUUCAUUUGUUGGUUGUAUGCUAGUGUGCUGUGGUGUGCUUA